AUGGCCGGUUGCCCUCUGUUCCUCCUCUGGUUCUUGGCAACCCUUUCCUUAUUAUCCGCGAUCGUAGGUUUCCCCUCUUAUUCUCCCUCUUCCACUUCCGAUUCCCCGCCGCGGCGGAGGCCGCCCCCUCUUCCUGUCCUGCCCGUACCGUCAGCCUCCCAGCUCUCAUGGCAGCUCGGAGAGAUGGCGAUGUUCCUCCACUUCGGGCCCAACACCUUCACCGACUCAGAGUGGGGCUCUGGCCGCGUCGACCCGGGCGUCUUCAACCCCGCAGACCUAGACGCCCGGCAGUGGACCCGGGCGGCGGCGGAGGGGGGCUUCUCCAGGCUGGUGAUCACCGCGAAGCACCACGAUGGGUUCUGCCUGUGGCCGUCCGCCUACACGAACUACUCCGUCCGGUCGAGCUCCUGGAGGGCCGGUAGAGGGGAUGUGGUGGCGGAGCUGGCGGCGGCCGCGAGAGAGGCCGGAGUCGGGAUGGGGAUCUACCUCUCGCCGUGGGAUCGGCACGAACCCUGUUACGGGAAGACCACCGAGUACAACGAGUACUUCUUGGGGCAGAUGGCGGAACUACUCACCGGGUCAGUAGAGCUUCUCGUUCCCCUUCCUCAAUCCCUCCAUCCUGUCAUCCUCUCUUCCCGGCGAGGAGCAUCAAACUACCAGAGAAGAACCAGACCAGAGAUUUAGGGUUAAGAUUUUAAUUAUUCGUCUGUUCUCAAAUUCCACCGUAGAAACACCCGGUAGUUUCUCGUCGAUCCUUGUCGAUCAUAGUUCUUGAUCUGCUAUUCUCGGUAAUUUUUCCCUCGACUGUUCUCUAGAACAGGUACGGCGAGAUCAAGGAGGUUUUCCUGGACGGUGCCAAGGGGAAGGAUUCAACAGACAUGGAAUAUUUUUUCGAUUCCUGGUUUAAAGUUAUCCAUCAACACCAACCCGAGGCUGUCAUCUUCUCAGAUUCUGGCCCCGACAGCCGGUGGGUAGGGAAUGAAGCCGGAGCUGCUGGCCGCACCUGUUGGUCCCUCUUCAAUCAGAGCGAUGUAGCCAUUGGCCAUACAACCGAGUCGUAAGUGAUCCAUUCCUCACCUUGCUCAUCCUCCGACGAAGCUCCAAUAACCGAUUAAAUUUAUAAGAAUCUUUAUGGAUCUUCAUCAGCAUCCACGAUCCAGAAUAUCUCUCUUCCUUGAGUUUACACGUGAUUCUGAAUUGAUGCGAACAUUAUCCUCCGCGGUAAUGGGCGGCUCGUUUUGCUGAUAACGCCAUAAUCCUGGAAAUCUGUACCUUACCCAGAGGGAGAAGGGUACCCUGUCCUAUGCUUGAUGUACGGAUGAAGCAUUCCAGAACAGGGUCGUUCGACAUUGAGCGGGAUCCGAUUUUUAUCAAUUUCUUUUACCGUUGUCUGUUGAUUUGUUCUUCUCAUGCUUCUCCAUUCUCAGUUCUAGAAGUUAGAUUUACAUGGUUAGUGCAUGCUCAUUAAAAAAAAUUUCCAUUUAUAAGUGUUUUUGACAUGCACCAAUCUGACGGGUUGCGUUCUCUUUCUGAGGCUUCCUCCCCUGUGUUCUUGCCUGCCAUCUUCGUAACUUGUGGAUCUUUGUAGAGUGCGGGAACGUCCUAAAUCCAAUUGGAAACCUGACGAUCAGAGAAUAUAAAUGACAUGGGUUGGUGAGGAUAUCUUUUUAUUUUUAUUUUUUUGUACUCUGUCUAUCGUGCCGUCAGUUUCAUUAAUUCGGCUGAUAACAGGCAGUAGAUGACACAAAUCAUAAUCUAGGGUUUUUUUUAAUUUUUUUUGUUUCUAGCUUGAUCCAUAUCUUCCACUCAUGUUGAAUUGAAUACGAAUCACCUGGCAUGCCUGUGAGCAGGAGGACAAUUCUUCUGCUGCUUCGCUUGGAAUGUAGGGAGCCUUCUGAAGAAUAAAUCUGCUGGUUAACAGGUACUCGAGCGAGGGAGAUCCAGUGGGGCGUGACUGGGUUCCGGCAGAGUGUGAUGUGUCGAUCCGGCCGGGGUGGUUUUGGCACAGUAAAGAGCAGCCGAAAUCUGCUGCCGAUCUGCUGGAGAUAUACUACAGCUCAGUGGGGAGGAACUGCUUCCUGAUCUUGAACGUCCCCCCCAAUUCCUCGGGUUUGAUCUCUCGCGAAGACCUCCAGGUGCUCCAAGAGUUCUCCAAGCUCCGGCGCACCAUCUUCUCCCAGAACUUGGCCCAAGAUGCUGUCGCCACAGCAAGCAGCACCCGAGGUGGCGGCAGUGGUGGUGACCCAUCCUUCGGUGCAUCCUGUGUUCUGCAGGAAGGGAUAUUCUCUUACUGGGCACCGGAAGAAGGUGGAGGCAAAUGGGAGAUCCUGCUGGACUUGCGCAGGCCUGUGCGAUUCAAUGUGUUCCAGGUGCAGGAGCCGAUCCAAAUGGGGCAGCGGAUUUCUUCAUUCCAUGUCGAUGCCAUCAUUGAUGGAGCUUGGGAGACGAUAGCCUACGGUACGACCGUUGGCUACAAGAGGCUGCUGAGGCUCCCUCUAGUGGAGUCUGAGUACCUGAGGCUGGUGAUCGAUGGUGCUCGAGCGGAUCCAUUGGUGUCAUACAUGGGCAUCUAUCUAGACGAGUUCUCCACAACCCACCAUUGGAAAAGGAUGAGGAUACCUUCAGGCUCCAAGAAGAGUCAUCUCCUUCGACAGCCGGCGUCCAUGCAUGAUGGAUACCAGGUAGCUUAG